AUGACAUGCUACAACCCCACCAUCGGUGCCUUCGCCGGCAACACCGACCAAGACGCGCACCUGCUCUACACCCUCUCGGGCAUCCAGAUCCUCGCCAUCUACGACAACCUUUCCCUCAUCGACGUGGACAAAGUCGUCUCCUACAUCCGCGGCCUGCAGAAGCCGGACGGCAGCUUCGCCGGCGACGAAUGGGGCGAGAUCGACACGCGCUUCAGCUACUGCGCGUUGCUCAGCCUAUCAAUUCUCAACCGCCUGGACGCCGUGGACGUCGACGCCGCGGUGGCCUUCGUGCUCUCGUGCCAGAACUUCGACGGCGGCUUCGGCUGCAUCCCCGGCGCGGAGAGCCACGCCGGGCAGGUGUUCUGCUGCGUGGGCGCGCUCGCGCUCGCCGACGCGCUGAGGAGGAUCGACGCGGAGCUGCUCGGCUGGUGGCUCUGCGAGCGCCAGCUGCCGUGCGGAGGGUUCAAUGGACGGCCGGAUAAGCUCGAGGACGUGUGCUACUCGUGGUGGGUGCUCGCUAGCUUGGCCAUGCUGGGGAAGGCCGACUGGGUUGAUGCGCGGAAGCUGAGGGAGUUUAUUCUCGCGUGUCAGGACGAAGAGGACGGCGGGAUUGCGGACCGGCCCGGGGAUAUGGCGGAUAUUUUUCACACCUUCUUCGGGUUUGCGGGUCUCUCGCUGAUGGAGGAGGAGGGGUUCGAGAAGAUUGAUCCCGCUUUUGCGCUCGCGGAGAGUGUCGUCGCUCGCAUUGGAGGGGGAUGA